GGGGGCAGCAGGAACCAGGAAGUGUGUUUGGUGUGUGGGACAGAGGGAUGUGUGUGUGUUUCGGUUCUUACCUCGUUGCUUUGGAGAGAUAAAUAAACCUUUUUUUUCACUAAAAUAUAUCUUUUAUCUUUACUAAACCUCUUUACUCCGAUAGUCCGUGUGCUAGAGCUGUAAUCGUGUCAAACCUUGAAUGAGAUGCUGUAUUUUCCCGGCUCUGUAUUUUCAUUGGAUCUGAGUGAUCAUGUGAUCACGGUCGCUCACAUCAUGACGUUAACCCGCUGUUCGUUUAACAAAGUUGCUGUAAUGUGUUGAUAUUUGCUGGUAGACUCGUGCAGCAUGUGUUCGGUUAGUUUCGUGUUUCUCCGGAUGUCCCUUUAACGCAUCACGUCCGGUCGAACCUCUGGGUCAGACGGACAGUUCGGGGAAUCAGGUCCUGGUUCCUGACAGUUACAGGUUAUCGCUUCUCGGCCUUUUGGCUAAGAUCAAGUGUAGUAUCUGUUCUUAUCAGUUUAAUAUCUGAUACGUCCCCUACCCGGGGACCAUAUAUUAAAUUGAUUUUUGGAACUGGGAGAUGGAAUAGGGGCUUGCUCCGUCCACUCCACGCAUCGACCCGGUAUUGCAGUAUCUCCGGGAACGGUGCACCCCCCUAACUGUGUUCAAAUGAAGUAUGGCAAAUGAAGUACUGGACAGCGGGAAUAAACGUUAAUGAUAUAUAGUAUUGUCAGACAGUUGAUAGACUGUCACACAUGCAGCUAUGGAGUGAAAAAUCGGUUGCAGCAUUAAAGCAGAUACGGUCAGUACGGAGGCCUAGAACAGCCACUCCUGUAAAUAAAAAAAGAAUGCAAAACUAAAAAUCAAAAUGGAGGUUACUGAUUCAAAAAAUGUCAUUUUAACAAACACUUAAGCACAUUAUAAUAUUUUCUUAUACUUGAUAUUUCAAUCAUCAGUCAUACAGCACCCUGUGGUGUCCAGUGUUGUUUUCGUCAGGCAGGACGAAAACUUAAAUGACGACGUCAGACCCCUUUUUUCCUUGACGAAAAUGAGACUAAGACGAACGUCACCAAAGAUCUGUAAAGACUAAAAUGUGACGAAAAUUAUAUUCAUUUUCGUCAGACGAGAACGAGACGAGACUAAAUUGUUAUUAGGUGGACGAACAAAGUUUCAAAACAUGCUUUUUUUUGUCCUAACAGUCACGCCCCCAUCACACACGCACCAAAAGCCUCGCUCGCGCACAGCUGCGCGCACACACUCAUUCACAUACACAGAGCGGCAGGUGGACGAGGCGCGCACACACACACACACACACACACCGUGGCGGCAGGCACAGCAGCGGUGCCCGGUGGCCGAAAAAAGAGGGAUGAUUUUGGUCCUACUUCAGAUACAGUCCAAGUGACAAUAAAAUAAAAGUGUCAAUAAAACACGGGACGGGGAGACGAGACAGACGACAGUUGUGGAGCCACAGCUUCCUCAUGCUUCAAACUGUCGGGAAAGAACACCACGAACCUCAAAAGGCACCUUUACGUCGACUAAAACUAGACGAAAACCUUUUGAGUUUUGGUCGGACUAAAACUAGACGAAAACUAUCAAGGAUAGAAAUGACUAAAAUGGGACUAAAACGAAGAAGCGUUUUGUCAAAAUGACUAAGACUAAAACUAAAUCUAAAAUGCCUGCCAAAAACAACACUGGUGGUGUCUUUGAUACCAUCUCACUUUCUAUUCAUAGUACUGAGUCUGUUUAUUACACGGCUUUAUCUUUACCAGUAACAGUUGGUACAAACCACUUAUUUUCAUUUUACAUAUUUACAUAUUGUAUUUAUCUAUGUAUUUGUAAUUGUAUAUUUCGGUGUUUAUUUGAUCUUUUUGUAGUGACUGGACUACGGUGGCUGAGAACUGCCACAGCUGCAAAACAAAAAGGAAUGCAAAAAAAAAAAAAAGAAGCCUCAACCGAAGUUACCAAAAAAAAAAAAAAAAAGAGAUAAAGAAACCGAAGCCUGCCACAAAUAAAAAAAGAAAGUGCAGCUGAAAAGAAAAAAAAAACAACUUAAGUGACUGUCAUUUUCUUUGACAACGUUGAGAUGGAGAAGCAGCUUUGCAUGAUGGGAAAAGAAGCCAUCCACCAUCAAGUAUUUAUAGAAAUCAAAGUUUGGGACUUAAACUGGCAUUUGUAGAUUAUAAUAUUAGUUAUUUAACACUGAUAUACUCUGGUUUCUGGUAUAUGUAGAUGUUGAGGACCGUCAGUCACAUUGGUAUGUCUGUGAGUCGCUCAGUUGUCUGUAAUUUCUUGAACUCUUUCUCACCUGGCAGAGGAGAAACCGUGACCGUGAAGGUGGUUCACCCAGGGGGAGUUUCAGCCGUUGUACUCUGGCUGUAUGACCCCUGCGGAUUCCCUACAUGUGGGAAGCUUGACUGCUAGUUUUACGGUAGUGGGGGAAAGGGUCCUCGUUCUCCCCUGAUAACACGUUCUAAGGCAACUAUUGAAAUUGGUGAGUCAUACUUUGAAGAGAAUUGGUCAGUUGUUGUUGGUUGUUUGAGAUGUGACAGUACAGACGGUGACUCGGGUCAGUCCGGGCUGCAGUGAUGAGUAAUGACAUUGAAAUGUUUUCUCUCAGUCGACUCGUACGUGUCUCAAACCUGCUCGACUCGUCACCGUGCCCACUUCACCACGACGAAAACUCAGCUGAUGACCUGGAGGCCUGAAAAGUCGAGGAGCAAUAAUCAGAUUAUUUUAGUCUAAUUAAGGAUGCUCUGUUCCAGUCCUGGACUCGGGUUUCUGUCUGAGGAAUCUCCUCACAAAAGAACAUCAGACAUGUCUGUCCGACCCGGUUCUGGUUUCAUCUUUGUUUACAGCAAACAUGUGGGUGAUGUGUUGUCAGUGGGUCAGCAGGUCUGAAGUGUAGUCCAACACAGAGGGAGCCAAAAAGAGAGGCUCGUGGUUUGAUGGUUCGGAGGUAUUUCACACUUAUUGUGCCAACAACUGAAAAACCUGACAUGUGCAGAAAGGCCUGAUUUUACCAAAACAUCAUCCCGGUCCUGUCCUCACACUGAGGGAGAGAGGUCAGUUUAAUACCAGAACCAUAUCAGAAUCAGUAGAUCCCAACGUCCAGGUCUAGUUUUGGGUAUCAGGACUUUAAAGGUCGGAUCUGUAAUUUCAGGUUUUUGUAAAAGUUGCUCAUCUUUCCUUACAGCAGAGCGUCUCUGUGUUCAUUUUAACAGACCUGAUAAUCAGAGAUUUAUUUCUGCUGUGUCGCCACGAUUCAGGACUGAAACCACACCUCAGCUGCACCCGUCCCAAACCCCACCCUGUUCUCGCCCUCAGUCCUCCCUCCUGUUUCCUUCUCUCUUCCUGAAAGUUGAGACUAAAGUAAACACUUGUCAUCACACAGGUACAGAAAACAUGACCAUGAGGGUGUUGGUGUAAUUCAGCUGUUAAAGGAGCUUUUUAAACCACAGAGCAGACCCUCACCUAAAGGUCAGCGUAAAGGUCACAGAGAGGCGAGGAGAUCAUCUCCAGGACAAAGAAAAGGCUGUUAGAGCGAGUCAGAGGGAACAAACAGAGAAAUCUCUUUAACCAAACAUCCUCCCCUUUAAGAAACUCAGACCGCCGAUUACUGAGGCUACAUCCUGAUCAGCCGACUGUUCUGCUUCAAACGGAGGUGAAGAUGGAGACUCUGACUCCAGAGGAGGCGAGAAAGUGAAAGUGAAAUAUGUGAGCGGUCGUUAAAAACCUCCAAUCAAUGAAGAGUUUGUGAAGAGGACGAUGAACAUUUCAAAGUGAGGAGGUCGAGAAAACCUGUGAAACACUUAAUUUAAGAACUAAUGAGCCAAAAACUCUGGAAACAGAUUUCAAAGUUUUGUAGACGGGCAGAAAAUUCUGAUAUUCUGAUAUUUUUCAUCUUUUAUUGCCUUUUACCGUUUUUAUUUUUCUCCUUUUUCUUUUACCUCUUUCACCUCUUUCUUAUUUAGACUUACUGCCUUUUUAGCCUUUGUUUUACUUAUAAUCUUUUUAUUGAUUUUAAUGUUUUCAUUUUCCUUUAUUUUAUAUAUAUAUAUUUAAUUCCACUUUAUCAUUUAUAUUACCAUCAUUUUAUUUUAUUAUGAUUUUAUUAUUAUUAUUAAUAUCCUCUUUUAUACUUACUAGCCUGUUUUCUUCCCUCCUUUUCUAUUUCUUUUUUUUUUGCUUUUAUUUUGGUCCUCAUGGUCCCAUUUAUUUUGUAGGGUUCUUGUAUUGCCUGGGUUUCUUACGAAAAGUGAAACAGGCCUACAAUUCAGAGGCCUGUUUUUAACUGAGCUUUUGUUUUUAUGUGUUUUUAUUUUCAAUGUGCUGAUGCUCUGUGCUUACAACUGUUGUCUAAGCACUUUGUGAACUUCUGUUUUUAAAGGUGCUAUAUAAAUAAAAUUAUUAUUAUUAUUAUUAUUUUUAUAUGUUCUAGUAUCUUUGAAUCAGGAGUCAAAGAGAAGCAAUAAGACACGAUUCAGACUGUUUAUGACUUCUCCAUAAAAGGAUCACAGAGGUUGGUGACGUGUGUGUGUGUAAAUAUUUAGUCCCUGCAGGUUUCUAAGUGAUCUAUGAAAUGAGGACCAGUUUCUCAGACCUCAUUAGAAGGACAUCAGACAGUCGAGCUGUUUUCGAAGGCGUGCUGUUUUCUCAGGCAUACCACUUAUUGUUUGUACAACUGGAAAAUGCUGUUCCACAAACUGGUUUGCCCUCAGAGAAAAGGGAGGAGUGUGACAACGGAAACACACGCCCUUCACAGCACAGUCUCGACCUCCACAGCUCUACACCUGCGCGGCUGUCGCUGACUGACGACACACGUGGAGGAGGACAUCGUUCUGACAGACAGCCGAGUUUGAGCGCCGGUCGAAUAAAAAUAUGGACGAUGGACCGCCACAGGGCAGAGUGGAUCCAAAGAAGAGCCAGGAGGAGGAGGAGGAGGACAGUUUCGACUGGCUUCUUGGGAGGGACAGUCCGGAGAUCGUUCACGCACCGAUGGACACCAACAUCUUAAUGUCCAGGUAGGUGGACCAGAGGAUCUGAACUUAGUCUUCAUGAGCUUUAACUGACGACACAGAGGUCAGAGGUUUGAUCGAUGCUGAGAGAAGUAAGUCUUCACUGACUGACAGGUAUCAGGUGACGUGUUGGCAGCUCUCAGGUAAACAAACGAGGAUCUGCUUUUUGUUCUCCGCUGGAUCAUUUUCAACACAGGCUCCUGUUACAGCUGUUCACGCCCGCUGUAGUUAAUGUGUUUGAGUUUAAAUAUUCAUGAUGAAGAGUGUUACAUAACACCGCCGUAUCCACUUUAUGAUUUCUACAUUUCAGGGAUUAUUGUACGAACAUAGACGGCACAUGCAGUAAAACCUUCACCAGAGAGCGGGUGUUCGAAGCUGCUUCACAGGGAGACGCCGCACAGCUGAGCGGGCUGCUGGACUACCUGAGAGACAACCACAAGAGACUGACCGGCCCCGAGUUCACAGGCAAGUGGAGAGGAAGGAGCUCAGAGUCUGUCUGAUCAAUAAAGUUUAUGAUAGUUCAGAUUUAUAACUCAUCUUUGACACCACACAUACAUAAACACACUCACACACACGUUAAUAAAACACUCCAGCGAGGAGGACCGAGUCUGGGAACGGAUCAGACGAGAUUCUGGAUCUCCUGUAGUACCUGCAGCGUUGACAGAAACAGAGACCCGAACUACACGAAGGCGGAUAUAUUUCAAACCGCACAUAUUUAUGUCUGAUUAGGCCUCCCUACCACACCAAACCGGGAGUUUGGAGCACUCAAACCGGAUAAAUCUGAAUCCGGGAAAACAAGCGGAGAAAUAAAAAAAUAUCUGUAUCCCGUAUCCGUUGUGGAUUCGUGUGGUCGGACUUUUACGGAUCGAAGACGUCAAACCGCAGCUCGCCCAUGCGAAUUAAAAAGAAAAACAACAACGAUGGCGGACAGACAGGGUAUUCUUUACGUUUGUUUUGCCCUUUUGGGGCUAAUUUCAGCCUUGACAGUGAACCUUGUUUUAUACAAUUACAUCCACCGGUCAGCAGCUCACAGAGGCGUCUGCUGCGGCCAAUACUUUUAUUGGUCACAUGGAUUCGACGCACUAGCGUAGCUUCCGCAAACAAUGCAUGACGCAUCACGCUGUUACGAUUCAUCGGCCAAUCAGUUAGCUUUGUUACUGAAUUUUUUUUAAGCGGCACCAGAUAGGAUUGAGUCUGAAGGCUACGUGUGGACGCAGAUAUUUUUGAGAACUAACACGUGUGGACAGAUACAUUUAUUUAGACGGGAGUACAAAAAUAUCCUGAUAAAUAAAUAUUUAUAUACGUGUAGUUCGGGCCAGAGACCCUGUUCGGUUUGUCAAACUCGCCCCAUGAUUCGGUCAUUCAUGCUCUGAGAUCAGGACUAAGACAUGCUGAUCACAACCAUCCAAACUUUCAGAUGAGCUCACGGGGAAAACGGCGCUGCUGAAAGCUCUGCUGAACGUCAAAGAUGGGAAGAACGACACCAUCGAGGUCCUCCUGGACGCAGCCGAGAAAACGGGGGACCUGGAGGAGCUGAUAAACGCCUCCUACAAAGAUCAGUGCUACAAAGGUGAGUGAAGGUCUCAUCAUGUCACUGAAGGUUCAUCUUCAGAUAAAACAGAGAACCAGCAUGUCGGGUUUAUAUCUGAACAGAGACACCGGUGAGAACUUCCUCUCCUGCUCUUCCUCCACAUUUGCAAUAAAAACCACAAAUCAGGCAGGUCACCAGGAAGAGCUGAUGGUGUUGAAUGGACUGUUGAGGUGACGCAGGCCUGUAAAGUAGAGAGCGGUGGUUUUAUCUAAGCUUCUACCUCUUCACCAUGAAAAACUACAAACAAACCGACUCUGAGCGCAGAUCGAUAAAGAUUUGAUCACAGAGGAAAAACUGACGCUGGUACAAACUCGACUUCAGGUGAACUUUCCCUUCGCAGUAAAAUCUUGAAGGUCUUCUCUGUUGGAGCAGCGUCUUUAUCAGAUCCUCUUCUUUAGUUUUCUUCUGGGACUUUCUCCUCACUGAACCGGUCCUGUGAAAAAACGAACACCCAUCCUGAGUCGGUUUUUGUGGUCACUCUGUGGCGGUUUUCUCCCGUUUUGGUUGACGCCUCUUUGGCUCGACUCCUGAAGUGUCUGAGCCGUUCUUCCCCGUCCGCUCGUCUCUUAAGUUUGGUGCUCUGUGAAUAAGUAAAAAUAACCUCCUCAUGUUGGACUGAACAAACAAAGACUUUUAUCACAUAGUCAACAGGAAGAGGAACGUUCAUGUCUCACUGUCUCUUCAAGGACUGAUUCAGGAUCUGGUCGUUCUCGGUGUUUUAUUCUUUAGAUCAGUUUUCAGUGUUUAUUUCCUGUUUUAUUUUGUAGGAGUUGAUUCCUGGUGUUUCUAGUUUUCCCUCCUUUGUUGAUCACUCGUCUGUCUCACCUGUUGUUCAUUUCUCUGUAUAUAAUCCCUGUUUUCUCCUCUGUUCUUGUUGGUUCAUCGUCCGUCUGUCUGUCUGUGUCUGUGUCUGUGUCUGUGUCUGUGUCUGUGUCUGUGUCAGUCGUUGUGUGAACCUUUAGUCUCCUUGUGUUUUUUUCCCAGUGCUCUUUAGUUGGAUUCGGACGUUUUUUAGAGAGUUUUUAGUUCUCUUUAAAUGAAUCCCUUCUUCUGUAUUUAGGCCCUUCCUAAAUAAUCGAUAUUGACGCCAUUAUCAAUUCUGCUUAUCGAUUCAAUUCUUUAUCAAUUCCCUUAUCAAUGUCUUUCUUUGACUUAAAGAAGUAGACUAUAGGUUUUCACCGUUAAUCCAGAGUUUUAUUGAGUCUCUUUUUUUUUUUUCUUAUUUAUUUAUUUAUUUAUUUUUAUUUAACAACAAAACAGAGUGACGACAACAACAGAAACAACAACAACAACAAAAAGAUAAAAAAUAAAAAAUUUACAAAAAUACUUUGUGAGGGAGGGGAGGGGGGAGGAAUUUAUAAAAUAUGUAAAAGAGAAUUUAAAAAGAAAAGAAAAAAAAAUCUUAAUUGGAUUACAUUGGAAUAUCUAUAUAAUAAUAAUAAUUAUAUGUAUAUAUAUAUAUAUAUAUACAUACACAUACAAACAUACAUGCACACAUACAUACACACAUAUACAUAUACCCACACACACACACAAUCCCCCCGAAUCACCGACACAACAGCGACGAUACAACAACCACAACAGCAUCAGCAGUAACAACACCAGAAAUACCGGCGACAGCAAUGACAGCAAACAAAUGACCGCAACGACGCUAACAAUAAUGACAGUCAUACUAAUGAGGAUAUGGAACAACAAAAGCCACCACAAUCCACAACACUAUGGCCCGGGCCAGUUUUAUUGAGUCUCUGAUGACAGAGACAGAUGUCUGCCACCUUCAGUGAGAGACUAAAAUAAUCAGCGUUUUCUUUGAACGCUGUUUCGUCAAAUCAGGGUGACCAUAUUCUGGAUCUCCAGAAAGAGGACGAUAUGACGCGGGGUGGGGUUGCACGCAAAAUGUUGAGGGUUUUUUAUGCGCUUCUAACUCAGUCCACGCCUCACAAACUUAAGACUUCCGAACAAAACCCUGAACAUUUGGUGGACAGCCUCCCCCCAAAAAAGAGGACAUGAUUAAGUCUGGUCUGCGUUGUGUUUAUGUUAACACAGGACGUAUGUUUACUUACUGGAGUUUCCACCUUUUCACGUUAUCACUGCUCGAUAAACGUGGCGCUGUUGUCGUCUUUCUUCGUAAACUGAAGCCAGGCUUUAGAUCGUUUCUGACGACUUUUCGUACCGUCCGCUAAGGAUGGGCUAAAAAAUUUAUACUGAUAAGUUCUGCUAUUCUGGCGAUAACGAUAAAGUCCCGAUAAAAUAAUGUUAUAAUUCCAGUCUAUAUUUUUGAUUCACUGUCUUGAGAAACCCUCAAACCUUGUUCUUGGAUGUUCACCAGCUGAAACAGUCGAAUCAGAUCUGUAACCACGAGUUGAAGUGGGAGGUUAAGGAGAAAACUGGCGACUUUAAGACAAAUCUGAAAUGUUAAAAACACUGAAUAUUUCUUUAAAACUCUUCUUGAACAGCAGCAGAUCCACUCUCAGAUGUCAGGCAGACCGGACCGCGCUCGUCUGAACCCCGAUCUCCACAAACUUCGGCCAUGUUUGUUCGUCGUUCUGAUCUGUGUCACCUGCAGUGAUGUCAUCAACCUGCGUUUAUCGCAUUUAUCGUGAGACGGAGAAAAAUGAUCGUGGAGGAUUUUUCUGACGAUAAAUCCUGAACGAUAAUCUCACACCCAUCUCUACCGUCUGCCGUGUUUUUUCCCUCUAAGUCUCUGUUCUCGUCUCCGGGUUCUAGCGAGACCGUUUUUCAAGGAAUCAUUAAGAUAAGAUGCAGACGAUGUCGGUUCUUGAUUCCCAUCACUAAUCAAACGUUCAUCAUCACGUUUGUCAGCGUCUCAGUGAAGUUCUCAGGAUACGUUUACAGCCGUCUUCAUCUCUCUACGACAUGUCGCAGGUCAGACCGCCUUGCACGUCGCCAUCGAGAGGAGAAGCUUUGACCAUGUGAAACUGCUGGUGGAGAAAGGAGCCGAUGUUCAGGCGAAGGCCAACGGGGAGUUCUUCCAGAGGAAAACUGGACUGGGCUUUUAUUUUGGUGGGUCACUGAACACGCUCCUUCCUCUGUCGGGUUUGUCCGAUGGCUCUGUCUCUAAUCCUUGACUUACUCCGACAGGUGAGCUACCUUUGUCAUUGGCCGCCUGCACCAACCAGCCUGAGAUGGUGACCUACCUCAUGGAGAAUCGUCACAGAAGAGCCGACCUCACCGACAAAGACUCACAAGGAAACACGGUCCUACACGCGCUGGUGGUCAUCGUGGAGAAUACAGACGAGAACACGGAGAUGGUGUCAAUGAUGUACGACCACAUCCUGACCCAGCACAGCAAACUGAAGAAGAAAGGUCAGGUGGAGCUGGAGACCAUCGAGAACGAUAAAGGCUUCACUCCUCUGAAGUUAGCCGCCAAGCUCGGGAAGAUCGG